AUGGUCACCGCAGUCACUUCGAAAGCCGAGUUUCAAGAAGCGCUCAAGUUCCAAGGGUUGGUUGUUGUUGAUUUUUUUGCAACGUGGUGUGGCCCCUGCAAGAUGAUUGCUCCCUUGUUGGACAAGUUCAGCAAGGAGUACUCCAACGUCAAGUUCAUCAAGGUCGACGUUGACGAAGUCGGCGACGUUGCCCAGGAGUACGAGAUCAGCAAUAUGCCCACCUUGAUCUUUUUCAAAAACGGCCAGCAGAUUCAAAAAGUGGUUGGUGCCAAUCCAUCGGCUAUUAAACAGGCCAUUGCUUCAAAUGCUUGA